AAAGUAUUAGGGUUUCUCUCUCUCUCUCUCUCUCUCUCUCUCUCUCUCUCUUUAAAGCUCUAAAACAAAACUGUUCACAGUGAGGAAGAAGACGAUUAGAUGGCUGAGGAAAACGAUAACCGAAAGACCGGCACCGUCAAGUGGUUCAACGAUCAAAAGGGUUUCGGAUUCAUCACUCCUGACGACGGAACUGAUGACUUGUUCGUUCAUCAGUCCUCGAUCAAAACCGAUGGUUUCCGUAGUCUAGCUGAAGGAGAGACCGUUGAAUAUAAGGUCAAUUCCGGCGAUGAUGGUCGUACUAAGGCCGUUGAUGUUACUGGUCCCAACGGGGAAUCUGUUCAGGGUGGUGGUCGUGGUGGCGGUGGCGGUGGCCGUGGAGGCGGUGGUGGUGGGUAUGGAGGCAGAGGUGGCGGUGGAGGUGGGUAUGGAAGUAGAGGCGGAGAUGGGUACAGUGGCGGUGGUGGGUAUGGCGGUGGUGGUGGGUAUGGCGGUGGUAGUGGUGGGGGAGGUGGUAAUGGUUGUUUCAAGUGUGGUGAGUCUGGUCAUAUGGCUAGGGACUGUUUCCAGGGCGGCGGCGGUGGAAGUGGUGGUGGCGGCGGUGGAGGAGGUGGUGGUGGUGGUUGUUAUAAUUGUGGGGAGAAUGGACAUUUCGCAAGGGAAUGUCCAACUGGGGCUCGUUGAAGAACUGUUUUGAAUCGGAAAACACCACCUUAGGUUUUAUAAUAAUGAUGUUUUAAUGUUUGUUGUUUGUGUUUUGGUCUUCUGGUUUUUGGGUUCUUUGUUGAUCUCCAAAAGAUGGUCUAGUGUGUUAUGGGGAAGAAGAUGAAGUGAUUAGUCACUUCUGAUGAAUCCCUUUUUAUCUUUUUGUUUUUGCAUGUCUAAGUUUGUUGCUGUCUACUGGUGGUGGUGUUUUUAUGGUGGUUCUGAAUUAAUGUUUUUAGGGUUUGGUUGUUCUUGAUCAUGGGAUAUCAAAUGAAUGAAUCAAUGUUUUAUGAA